UCGAUGUGUGUGUACAUGUGUGUUGUGUGUGUGUGUGUGUUUCCUUUUUUCUCCCCAAACCGAACAUGAAAUAGUUUGUUGGGCUAUACUUUCUUUCUUCCCAUCGUUCCCCCCUUCCGUCCUCCCCGUCCUGGUUCGCAGGCAGACUCCGGACAGAUUGAGACCCAGCUGUGUUCGUCGCUUUCGCUCGUUGCCAUUUUCCCCCCUCAUUGCCCGGUGAUGUUGGAUAUGGGAGAGCGCAAAGAGGUGAAAAUGAUUCCCAAAUCGUCGUUCAGUAUAAACAGUUUGGUGCCGGAGGCCGUGCAAAGCGACAACCAGAACCAGCACCACCACCACCAGAACCACCACCACCAGAACCACCAGCACCACCGGCCCGGCGGCGCGGACGAAGCCGAGCAGAAGGCGCCUCUCCCGGCCGCGCAGCAGGACGGCAAAGCGGAUCCUAAAAGUGACUCCUCGAGCCAGGAGAGCUGCCCGGAAGAGAAGGAGAAGCCGGAUGAGAAGAAGGAGGGCAAAGACGGGGAGAACGCGGGGAAGGACGGCGAGAAGAAGAGCGGCAAGUACGAAAAACCUCCUUUUAGUUAUAACGCGCUGAUCAUGAUGGCCAUCCGGCAGAGCCCGGAGAAGCGGCUCACCCUUAACGGCAUCUACGAGUUCAUCAUGAAAAACUUCCCGUACUACCGGGAGAACAAGCAGGGCUGGCAGAACUCCAUCCGGCACAACCUCAGCCUUAACAAAUGUUUCGUCAAGGUGCCGCGGCACUACGACGACCCGGGCAAAGGGAACUACUGGAUGCUGGACCCGAGCAGCGACGACGUCUUCAUCGGCGGCACCACCGGGAAGCUGCGGCGGCGCUCCACCACGUCUCGGGCCAAGCUGGCCUUCAAACGGGGCGCGCGGCUCACCUCCGGGCUCACCUUCAUGGACCGGGCGGGCUCCCUGUACUGGCCCAUGUCGCCCUUCCUCUCCCUGCACCACCCGCGCGCCAGCGGCGCCCUGGGCUACAACGGGACCUCGUCGGGCUACCCGGGUCACCCCAUGUCCUAUAGCACCAUGCUGACGCAGAACAUGAGCAACAACCACUCGUCGUUCCCGUCGUCCAACGGGCUGAGCAUGGACCGGCUGGUCGGCGGGGAUCUCCCGUACGCGACGCACCACCUGACGGCGGCGGCCCUGGCGGCCUCGGCGGUGCCCUGCGGCCUCUCCGUGCCUUGUUCCGGGGCCACGUACUCCCUGAACCCGUGCUCGGUCAACCUGCUGGCCGGACAGACCAGUUACUUUUUCCCUCACGUGCCGCACCCGUCCAUGAGCGCGCAGUCCGGCGGCGGCGGCGGCGGUUCCCUGCAGGCCGCCCGGGCUUCGGCCUCCAACUCCCCGCAGGCUCCGUCCUCCUCCGCGCUGCCCUGUGACUCUCUGCGGCCGGCUCUGUCCGGCUCUCUGCCCGCCUUCUCCUCGGGACUGUCCGGGGGUUUGUCUGACUAUUUUACGCAUCAAAACCAGGGCUCGACCUCCAACCCGCUUAUACACUAACACCCCCCCAAAAACCCCUCACCUCUCCACCUUACCUCACCCUCAUUCCUCCAUCCACCAUCCCUC